CGGGAUGUUGAGAUGAGGUAUCGGCCCGAGCUGCCGCUUUCGUUGAGAGGCCUGAGUGUAACCAUACAGCCGCGAGAGCACAUUGGCGUAGUAGGUAGAACCGGUGCGGGCAAAAGUACCAUAGCAACGGUCCUAUUCCGUCUGGUCGAGGUUAGCAACGGUGUCAUAGAGAUCGAUGGCAUUGACGUUUCAACGUUGGGAUUGGAUGAUCUGAGAGGGAGGGGAGUGUGUAUAAUACCUCAGGAUCCGGUGCUGUUCAGUGGCACGCUUAGAGAUAACCUGGACCCCUUCGAAGAGUACACAGACACACAGAUGCAACAGGCACUGCACCAUGCCAGCGUGGAUCAGAUGGUCGAUCAAUUAGGAGGCCUUGAUUAUCGCUUGGAAGACCGUGGGUCGAACUUCUCAACUGGGCAGCGCCAGUUGAUUUGCCUCGCGCGUGCACUGCUUCGCAAGCCAAAGAUUCUCGUCAUGGAUGAGGCCACGGCAUCAGUGGAUCUGGCGACGGAUGCGUUUGUGCAGACGGCCAUCCGCAAGUUCUUUGUGCACACGACAGUCAUCGAGAUAGCGCACAGACUGCAUUCUAUUAUGGACGUAGACCGAGUGUUGGUAAUGCAAGGUGUGUAG